CUAAUCAAUCGAGUGUCGCACAGAGUCUUGCCGGUGUGGAGCGUGCGCGGACGAUCCGUCAGAGGAUCCCGACGUUUUUGCUCUUGGAUUUAGACUGGAAAUUGCUGGCGACGGUGGAUAACAAACAGUUUCCCCAGGCGAUCACUGCGGGCCUUGAACCUUGAAAAUGACGAGCCCCGUCCCCUGCCCUAGUUGAUCGCCGCGAUGGAAAACUGCCCCAAGUUAGAUGGCUUGCGGGCCUUGUCGGACGAGGAGGUCCUGCUGCUGUCUCAGGCGGAGAAGAUCGCAGGAUUAUGGGCUGGAGAAAGUGCUCACACCCGCCCGGGAGCCGGCUGGCCUCAAACGUGCUGUACGGAUCCGCCGCGCGCUGAUCUCCCGCGCCUCGCUCACAAAGACGCUCGAGGCGUCCGCGGUGUCGAUCCAGAACUACGACUACGGCAAGGUCCUCGGCGCCUGCUGCGAGAACGUCGUCCGCUACGUCCCGAUACCGCUCGGGAUUGCCAGCCCGCUCAAGAUCGACAGAGUCGCCUUCCUCCUCCCGAUGACUACUGCCGAGGGGACGCUUGUCGCGUCCGCCUCCCGCGGCUGCAAAGCGCUGAAUACCGGCGGAGGCGCCACGACUGUUCUCACGCAGGAUGCGAUGACACGCGGGCCCGCGAUCGACUUCCCCUCCGCUGUCGUGGCUGCAGACGCUGAGGCCUGGGUCGCAAGUCCCGCGGGACCCGAAGCGCUCAGGGCUGCGUUCGAGAGCCCGUGGCGUUUCGCGCGGCUGACGGGUACAAAGACUGCCAUGGUGGGUCACACGCUGUUUCUCCGCUUUGCGACUGCGACGAGCGAUGCAAUAGGCAUGAAUAUAAUCUCCACGGGCACCGAGACAAGUCGCUCGAGGUGAUGUCGGAGGCGUCUCCGGAGAGGGUCGUCCUCGCGCUGAGCGGAAACUACUACUCAGACAAGAAACCCGCGGCGAUCAACUGGAACGAAGGACGGGGCAAGUCCGUCGUGGCGGAGGCCCUGUGAUCGAUGGCAAUGUCGUGCAAAACGUGCUCAAGACGACCGUCGACGCGCUCUGCACUCUAACCACCAAGAAAAUCCUCGUCGGCAGUGCGAUGGCAGGCUCCAUCGGCGGCUUCAACGCGCAUGCCACGAACAUCCUCUGACCUCGUCUGCAGCACGAACAUACGGCCGAGACCUGCUGAUGACUGUGUCGACGCCGUCUCUUGAGGUGGGGACUGUCUGUGGCGGGACAGUUCUAACCCCGCAGGCCCAUGUGCUCCAGGUGCUCGGGCUGCGUGCCGUGCGCGGCGCCCAUCCCACGCAGCCGGGACAAAACGCACAGCGCCUCGCGCCCAUCGUCGCCUCUGCCGUGAUGGCCGGCGAGCUCUCGCCGAUGAGUGCACUCGCUGCCAGCCAGCCAUCUGAUCCGCGCCCAUACGGUGCACAAUCGGUCUCAGCCGUCCCCUCUUCACCCGUCUUCGUGACCUCCUUCGUCCGUUCGUCGUCCCGCCAGUACGUACUCAACCCCAUCAGCGGAUCACUCAAAUACAACGACCAGCAGGCUCGGCUGACCU